ACAAUCAAGUUCAAUAAAAAAAGUGAAGACGUCCGUAAACCUCUCGAACAAAAUGCCAAACAAAACCAUAAUUCUUCCUUCAGCAAGUGAUUUUCACAUUCAUCUUCGUCAAGAUGAUUUAAUGAACAUGGCAGUUCCUCAAAUUGCGGAAGGAGGUAUCUCUUUAUGUUACGUCAUGCCAAAUCUUAAACCACCCAUCACUUCUACGAAACAAGCUCUUGAUUAUAAAGAUAAAUUAGAAAAGUUAGAACCAAACGUGACUUUUCUUAUGAGUUUGUAUCUCAACUCUGAUUUAACACCUGAAGAAAUUAGAAAAGCAAAAGAGGCUGGAAUCAUUGGUGUUAAAUCAUAUCCAAGAGGAGUAACUACAAAUUCUGAUUCGGGUAUAGAGUCAUACAAAGUUUAUUAUCCGGUUUUUAAAGCUAUGGAAGAAGUUGGAAUGAUAUUAAAUCUUCACGGCGAAAUUCCAAGUGAUAUAGAACAGGAUAUAUGCGUAAUGAAUGCAGAAGAAAAAUUUUUAAUACACUUAAAACAAUUACAUGAAGAUUUUCCGAGAUUAAAAAUCGUUUUGGAGCACGCUACAACAAAAGAGGCGAUCGGAAUGGUAAAAUCGCUUGGAGAUACCGUUGGCUGUACCAUAACUAUCCAUCAUUUACAACUUACCGUAGAUGAUUGGGCAGGACAAUGUCAUAAUUUUUGUAAACCUGUUGCAAAAUUUCCGCAUGAUCGACAAGCUUUACGUGACGUAAUUCUUGAAGGACAUCCUCGAUUUUUCUUAGGAACAGAUUCUGCUCCACAUCCUGCACAUCUAAAAGAAUGUGCUCAAUCAUGUGCUGGUGUGUUUACUACUCCUUUAGCUCUUCCAUAUCUUGCUACAAUUUUUGAUUCAUUUAACGCGCUUCAUACGCUUAAAUCGUUUGCGUGUGAGAAUGGCAAAAAAUUUUACAAUAUCAAAGAGGAGAAAUGUCGUGAAAUUAAAUUAAUCAAUGAAAAUUGGUUAGUUCCAAACGCGUACCAAUUUGGUAAUACACAGAAAGAAAAAUCCGGGAUUGUUAUUCCAUUCUGGGCUGGAAAAACUUUAACGUGGAAAAUUGACUCAAACUAAUAAAUAAAAAAACUUUUGAAGAAAAAUGUAAACCAAGUAUAAUUAAAUAAAAAUAUAUAAUAAAGUAUUCUUGUAUUACUACUAAAUAUCCCUAUAUUUAAAGAAUAAUUUUUUUUUUUUUUGAAAAAAAA